AUGAGCAGAGAGCCAGGCCGCCGCUUCCAGCGGCUUUGCGUCUAUGGGGGCAGCAGCUCCAAGGUCAGCGAGGAGUACUUGCGCUUGGCCAGCACCUUGGGGGAGACCCUGGCCAAGAGAAAGAUUGGGCUGGUCUUUGGCGGUGGCAAGGUGGGCCUCAUGGGUGCUGUGGCCGAUGCCGUGCUGGCCCAUGAGGGCGAGGUCAUCGGCGUGAUCCCCAGGGAUAUGGUGGAGUUGGAGCAGGCGCAUCAAGGAUGCACUUCACUUCGGGUGGUGGACACGAUGCAUGAGAGGAAAGCCUUGAUGGCGUCGUUGGCGGAUGGAUUCAUCGCCUUACCGGGUGGCUGGGGGACCUUGGAUGAGAUCGCUGAGGUCACCACCUGGACGCAGCUGAACAUCCACUUGAAGCCCGUCGGUCUGCUGAAUCGAGCUGGAUACUGGGACCAUUUGCUUUUAUGGGCUGAGAAAGCCUGUCAAGAAGGCUUCAUGACCGCGACCUCGGCGAAGAUGCUCUUGGCCUCCGACGACCCGGAGGCCUUGCUCGAGCUCCUGGCCACGGCAGAACUCCCUGCCGAGUUCCGCUGGCAGCCACCUGUUCUGCCGAAGGAACCGCUGCCCUUGCAGGAGGGGCAGUUGGUGACGGUGGGCCAGCGGCCUUUGCGGGUUGGCUUGGCCAUCGGAGAGGGAGCUUAUGCGCGGGUCUUUGGAGCUGUUUGUGAGGAGACUGGUCAGGAGGUGGCGAUCAAGGAGAUGCGCUGCGGACAGGGCGCUGGGAUCUUGCCCGAUGCCAGCCUCCAGCGAGCGAACUAUGAAGUGAAGGUCAUGCGCUUGCUGUCGGAGCCCAGCGAGGAAGGUGAAGCACUUCGGGUGCCCAAGUUCUUGGAUCAUCAGUUUUGGGACUUGGCCCCUGCGGAGCCCGGCGCCUUCCUCUGCCGUGUGGCGAUGACCCGGCGACCGGGGCAAGCAUUGAUCUCGUGGCUGGAGGAGCGUAGCGUUUGCAGCUCGCCCGCGGCCAGCACCACCUCGUACUGUUCGGACUUUCUCCGCGCAGCACUCUCGGCUAGGGAGCUCCUCAGUCAGCUGGCACCCACCUUUGCACAGCUGAACAGCAUUGCCAUGCAUCGAGAUGUGAAUGCCAGGAACAUCCUGGUGUUUUGCCCCAACUCCGCGCUGGAGGGCGGUCACGCUGCCCCAAAGGAUACAUCCAGCUUGGAGUUCACCCUCUUGGAUUUCGGCUCCUCCCUGGACUUUCACACCUGGAGUGCCACCACCGGUGAGGGCUCUUGGAGUGUGGAGAACCCCACGGGGGAUGCCAGGUAUUGGGGUCCAGCUUCCUGGGUGCGCUUCCUACAUGGACCGCACGCCAUGAGCGACGGCUUACAACAGCAGUAUUCCCAGGGCUUAGACGCCUUUGCGCUGGGCAUUUGCACCUUGGAGGUCCUCUCCAAGCUGCAUGGAAGCUUCAGCCUGCCCAAAGAGGCCGGCGAAGACCCCCAGAUUGAGCUGAUGGAGAGCAUCAAUCAGUUUCAGAAAGCGUGGUCCAGAUAUUGGAGCUUUGCGAUCUUAUGCUUCGAGAAGUUGGCUGAGUAUUCUCAGAUGGUUUGCUUCAACGAGCAGCAGCGAGCGACACAGCUCUGGGAGGACACGCUGUGGUUGUGCUCAGCUCCCCCCCACCGCGUGCGCGCGUUGCGCGUUGCGCGAUUGCGCGAGUGCAGGUUGCGCAUACGCGAGGUGGUAGGGCUAAGGGAGGGAAGCCAAGUGUUGAGGAAUUUAGCAUGCAGCAUUCUUUUUAGACCAGCACGCCGAGGGCGACCUACAGCCAUGUAA